GUCUUUUUAAAGGGGCCACACCUGAGAGGCACCCUGGCCCAAGGCCCACGCACAGCUGUUUGGAUGGCAGAAAAACAUGAGCAAGUUUUCACUACAAUUUGAGAAGCAGUACUGCUACCAUCCGGAACUGCAAGUAUGUCCUGGCAUGGAUAUGGAGGUGGCUCUUCUAAUCCAGAUGCCCCACUUUGCCCCCGUAUAGGAGAAGUACUUUGUGCCGCUGACUGAUGCUAAAUUUCAAGACUACCUCGAUGGCCGCAAAGAAGACAUCACACUUAUGUGCAGAUCUUCAGAGUUCAAUCAAGACAAGACAGCACUGAUCGUGACCAAUAAUCCCCUUCCAGACCUAAAUUCCAAUCACAGAAAGGACACCCCCAUGAAGUUCUUCUGCAAAGAGCAGUUAGGAAGGGGAAUCAAAGCCAGGAGUCAACUUCAUUUACCCCUGCUGAAGACACAGCAGAGCCAGCUGCCUGGACCUGACACAUGUUUUGCUGAGGGAAAGGUUGGGAAAUCACUGCUGUUCAGAUUUUCCACAGACAACGAUUUCAAGACUGAAGGGCAGUUUUCCAAAAGCUAUGCUGAGAAGCGACUGCUAAGGCGAUACCCCCACCUCCACUUUCAAACCUUCCCUAGACUAGAGCCGAAGGCCGGGCAACCCCUUCCAAGGAAGGGAAGCAAGCCCUCAAGAGAAAUAAGCUGCAGAUGGGAACCAUUAACUCUCUCCUCCUUAUUUGAAGCAAAGCCCGUUGUCAACGUGCCAGGGCAACACAGCUUCAAGCAUGGGAAAGUCUCGCAAUGGGUAGUGAGCAGCUCUUUUGUAGACAGUUACAAAUAAAGCCUCACCCUGAGUCACUGCCACUUGGAUGAAUGCAGCCAUCAGAAAGCAGAACUCUCUAGCGUCCGGAAAGCUCAGCUGGCUGGUGAAAGCCACCUUUUAACAGAGCUUGCAUGGUUUGGAGUUUACGACGGAGAAUGAGCCUGCAAUAAAAGUGGUUAAGGGUUGUGACAAAGUAUUAGUCAUUGGG